AUGUUGGAAGCAAAACGAAGAUCAUGUUCUACAGCCAGUAUCGAGUUUGAAGUGAAACAUCGAGACUCAAUGCUACCAUCACAUUUGGGAGAAGAUGAGUACUACAGGUGCUGUUGUGGCAUGCAUGUUCAUGUGAGUGUCAUUUUUUAAUUUUUUUUAAAUUUUGUAUAUUAUAGUAGAUGACAUAAUGAUCAUUCGUUUAUGAAUCUGAUUUUACUUUUACUUAUGGUUACUUCUAUGUACUUCUUGACCGAAAAACGUUUUCUUGUCUUAUGGUUCAUAAUAUUUUUUACCUUUUUAUUUUAGAUGGGUACUUUUGUAAUAUCGCUUCUGUUUUGUCUCCAGUGGAUUUUGUUUUUAAUACCAUUUGUAAGCACGUCACGUUGGGAAUAUGUUACGAUGACAUUACCUGUAGUCACAGCUCUGCCACCAAUAUUUCUACUGAUUGGCAACAGGAAGAACUUCCCUGCCUUGUAUUGGCCACAUAUUAUCAUGCACGUAAGUGGCUUUAGAACACAAACUUGAAUAAUACUCUAUAGCUAAAUAUUAGGUUGUUCAAAUAAUUCUGAGCUCUCUUUAAAGUGAUUUCUUUAGAGUUAAAGGGCACACAAUUAUUUGAACAACUUAAUAGUACUUAAUAUCCGAAUAUUAGAUUGUUCAAAUAAUUUUGAGCCCCUUUCCAAAGCACAUUUUUUUCGGGUGAGAGAGCACAUAAUUAUUUGGACAACCAAAUAGAUUGCUUGUUUCGACUAAUAAUGCAUAUUUAUCCCUUCAGGGCUUGAUCUUCUCCAUGCUGCUCUUAUCAGCCAUCGCCGUGAUAUUCCUGAGUGUGUAUACGAUGAUGUGGGGACUGCCAAAACAAUUUCGUCGUGAUCGUCACGUCUACAAGUUCAUGAAGCAGCUUUCCGCGACGUUCAUGCUGGUUAUGGGUGGGAUCUUGUUAUUGUUCGCUUAUUUGUGUUACUAUCUUCUUCAUGUCGUCUACAGGGGAUAUCGUUUUCUGGUUGAAGCAUUAUAUUACGACUAG